AUGGAUUUGCAACCGAAUAGAGAUCAGGAAGAUAAUGAUAAGAAUGAUAAUGAUGAGAAUGAUAAAGAUAAGGGUAAUAAGAAUAAUAAUGAUGACAAUGAUGAUAAUAAUAAUAAAAAGGAUCAGAAGGGAAGAUGA